AUGACUUAUUCUUCGUCGUACCAGUGGGAUGAUGAACCUAUCCGGCCCCUUGAUGCUGACAGCACAAUCGGCUGGGCCGGUGUACCGUUGUCGGACACGCUGGGGUACUACGGUGUCAUUAAGCGGCCGCAGCUCCCUACCAAUGACAUUUUGGGAUUUGUCCCAGAUUAUCUGUCUGUGGACGUUAAUCGUUUGGUUGAUUCAUUUCUCCCGGCUUUCGCACAAGCUCUCGAAGCUCAAGAUGUGGAUGCCAUCCUUAGCUACAUCCAUGACGAAGGCUUUUGGAAGGACGUGGAACUGCUCACUUGGGAUAUCCGUGCACUUGCAGGUCAUGAGAACAUCAGGCCGAUGCUUACGGAGAGACUCGCCAAAACCAUGAUCAGCAAUGUCCGCAUCAGCCCGCAUAUACCUUCAUCGUUGGAGACUCUCGGGGAGGAUUUAUCCUUCGUUUCUUUCCAUUUUGAAUUCGAUUUCAAACAUGGCACAGGCGUCGGAGUCGCACAGCUCAGCCCAAUCAAGGCCAAGACUGAUGCAGCAACCGAGCUGGCCGAUAUAGACUCGUGGAAAUUAUACACGAUUGGGACUGCCAUCAGUACCGUUGACGGAUGGGAUGCUGAGACUGGCGACAGGAUGCGAAACAGAGAGGCAAGAGUUCAUGAUCCCUUGGGUAGGGGUCGCAACUACCAAGAGCUAAGAGAAGACGAGCGUGAAUACAACAACGGCUGCGAGCCGACGGUUGUAAUUAUUGGAGCCGGACACGCUGGUCUCGCCAUGGCUGCAAGGUUGAAAGUUCUCGGGAUACCACAUUUGAUAAUCGAAAAAGAAGGCGCGGCGGGACAAAGCUGGAGCAGUCGCUACGCCUCGCUGUCUUUACAUGGACCUACCUUCACAAAUCACAUGCCGUGUCUGGCAUUUCCUCACUGGUUCCCAGAGUUUCUACCCGCACAACAGCUAUCCAAAUUUCUACAUCACUACGCCGAAAUUAUGGACCUCAAUAUUUGGACCAAGUCCAAAAUUGACGGUGAGAACGCAGUCUACCAUGAAGACGAGGGGAAAUGGACCAUUUCAGUCGAACGCGAAGACGGUAACAAGCGCAUACUCCAUCCCAAACACCUUGUGGUCGCUACUGGCAUCUCUGGCACGCUUCCCAACGUUCCCGAGAUUCCAGGCAUGAGUGACUUUGAGCAAUCUGGAGGCCUGAUUGUUCAUUCAUCCCGUUUUAGAAUAGAAUCUGACUGGGUCGGUAAGAAAUGCAUUGUUGUUGGAGCCGGGACUUCCGCUCAUGACGUCGCGUACGAGCUGAAUGAGAAUGGCUGCGAGGUAACCAUGAUCCAGCGGAGUGCGACACAUGUCAUGUCUAUAGACAGGAGCGUUCGGAAUUUCUUCAAAUCCCGCGAAAACACAAACCGCCCGGGAGGUCUUACAGUAGAUGUCGUGGACCGUUCACUUUACCUCAAGCAGCCGUAUCCGGUUGAGUAUCAGCUCCUUUGCCGUGGCCAGAAAAAGGCUCGAGAGCUCGACGCCAAGCUCCUGCAGUCGUUACGGGAUGUCGACUACCGCCUCCACGACGGAUAUCACGGCGGGGGUUCUUACUCCAUGUUUCCCUUCGACCAGGGUGGUUUCUAUUUUGACAAUGGCUGCUGCAAGCUCAUAGCAGACAAGAAGAUUGCGCUCAGACAUUCCGAGAUAGAUCAUUUCGCGGAGGGAAUUGUUGUCUACAAAGAUGGUACCAGCCAGGAGGCCGACAUCAUCAUCUUUGCCACAGGCUAUAUGCAAUCCAAAAGCCCAAUCCAGGCGCUUAUGGGUGAUGAGAUGGCGAGAAAGUGCCACGAGCGGUGGGAGAAGGGCAAUGCGCUCUUCCUUGGACCCGAGGGGGAAUCGAUCAUCCAUUUCUGCCCGCUGCCACAAAAAGGCCUUUAUGCCAUGCACCAUCAGUUUUCUUUCUGCCGAUUCCACUCGGCACGGCUCGCGCUUCGUAUCAAGGCGGAAGAAUUAGGCAUCGACGUAAUGCCCUAUCAAGGCAAGCCCAUUGGGCCGCCAAGUACUGCAGCUGGGCGUCAACCUCGACCACCUAAGACUACACAAGAAGUUAGCAUUCAUUAG